CGACGACCUCUCUCUCAUUCCCAUCGCCGAACACCAUGGUCCACAAGGCCGCUCUUGAGCCCCUCCGCAAGGGCUUUCCCCGCUCCCUCCCCGUCACCGGCUACCAGCACUUCCUUACGCCCCUCCGCAAGCUCAUCUUCGACUACGAUGCGGAGUCUCCCGCACAGGCCGGCAUGAGGACAUAUCUCCAGAAGCCGCUAGUUGAGCUGGCGCGCGAGAACCCCGAUGUCGAGGUCGUUGUGCGCAAGCAGAAGCGCGGGACGGCCGCCGUCAUCCGCGGACACUAUGUCAACGGUCGUGACAAGGUCAUUUGCGUCAACAAGCUCGAGGCGAACCAGGUGGCCAAGAAGGUGGAGCUGCUGCUCAACGCAUCGGGCGCCAAGCUCAAGCCACUGAAGAACGCGACGCUGGAGGCAGGCCCCGGCAACGAAGCAGCGCGUGGCAUCUGGAGCGCACUGCACGACGCGGCCAAGCCCGCCGGCGGGUACAGGAUAUAAGCGGCCGAGCGCAUUCGGGCGCGUAGAGGAGACAUUGCAUGCACCACUUGAUACUGCAGGUGUGAGGAGGGCGCUGGAGCGCUGUGACUCCCUGAUUCAAAUGUUGCAAAGCAAGAUGGCGGAAGGAGGGUGGGGUUUCGACUGUCAAGCACUGUAGGCUGCUUUGCUCUGUGAAUGGUCGUACUGCAGCUUACUUCUACUCUAUGCA